GCAACUGGAGCCUUGAUCCCUUACAUUGAGAAGACCUAUGGGAUUACUUAUGCUCACGUUGCCAUCCUUUUUGUGACCACCUUCAUUGGGUAUAUCGUAGCAGCUGCUGGUGCCGGUACUCUGGCGAGAAAGGUUGGAUUCGGACACGCAUUAUGUAUUGCCGUUAUUGUAGAACUAGCGGGGUUUCCCGCUCAUGUGUUUUGGCUUUUUUGUUGUAGGUUCCGCUUUUGCCACUCAGGUAGGUCUCUGUCAUACUUAGAGUUACUAUGCGGAUGCUGGAUUGUCGUAUUCCAGCUGGGACUCUGUAACGCCUACUUCGCUAUUUUGCCUAAACCGCUACAUUGGACGGGCAUUCUGCAUGGUAUUUACGGCCUGGGUGCAUUCGCGAGCCCCUUGGUGGCUACAGCAAUAGCGAGCCGUGGCAUACCGUACCACUUCUUCUAUCUUACCAAUGUCGGCAUGAAUGUUCCUGUCUUCGUGUUGGUCUGGCUUGCGUUUCGCAAUCUGUUCGCUCUGCCUCAAGCCCCGGACGCCUCGGCAAGGGAAGAAUCUGCAUCAACCGCCCUCCGGGACACUCUAAAGAGUCGUGCAGUGUGGACGCUCUCCAUGUUCCUGGUUUUCUAUUCCUGUGAAACAAUAGCUGACCUAAUUCUCCAAAGUGGUGGAUGGAUCGUUUCAUACAUCCUAGAAGUCCGGCAAGGCAGCCCUGAAGGCGCGUCUUGGGUGGCUUCUUCGUUCUACCUGGGUAUCGCUAUUGGCCGGAUAGCCCUGCCUACGCUUAACAUGCUCAUGGGCGAGCGCCUCGCCGUCUUCGUCUACCUGCUGUGUGCCAUCGCGCUGGAGCUCCUUGCAUGGUUCCUGCCCUUCCUCGCAUCCACUGCCGUCUGCACAGCUUUCGUCGGCCUCGCCAUCUCCACAUUCUAUACCGCAGCUAUUACCAUGGGCGGAAAGCUCAUCCCGCGGAGCAUGCAUGCAGAUGCGUUCGCCUUGAUCAGCUCUAUUGGGCAAAGUGGGAGCGCGUUCUGGCCUCUGAUCGUCGGCAUCAUGAGCACUAAGAGCGGGAUUUGGGUGGUCGAGCCCACCGUCGUUGCGCUGCUGGGUGCUCAGGGCAUCUGCUGGGCGUUGGUCCCGAAAGUAGGCAGAAGAGUUGAAUAA